AUGUCCCUCACACCCCAGGCAUUACGUUUGCUCUCCAGAGAGACCAUCACCCUCCGUUCGGAUCCUCCGGAGGGAGUGAGGAUAGUGGUGGAUGAAGAUGAUUUGACUAACAUGGAAGGAUGGGUACAGGGGCCAGGAGGGACACCGUACGAAGGAGGUUAUUUCCGAAUCCGAUUCUCGUUUGGACCCGAAUAUCCCAAUUUACCACCUAAAUGUACGAUGAUAACCAAAAUCUUCCAUCCAAACAUCUCUAAAAGCGGUGAAAUCUGUGUGGACACGUUGAAAAAAGGUUGGAAUAAGAGCUAUGGUGUUGGUCAUGUCUUAGUUACAAUAAAAUGUUUGUUGAUUUACCCUAAUCCCGAAUCUGCCUUGGAUGAGGAAGCUGGGAAACAGUUAUUAGCAGAUUAUGAUGGUUAUUGCAAGUACGCUAAAUUGAUGACCAGUAUCCACGCUACUCCAAAACUCCCUCCUCCCGAAUUCAGAAACAGCUCAUCUUCGUCCGCUGUCCCUGCAGGUACUGCCCGCCCCGUAACUUCCGGUAAACCCACACCCCUCGGGACGAACAUCAAGCAGAAUCCUUCUCCUAUCAUCGAACAAGGUUCAACGGUUGGAGACGAUCCUACAAAGGUCAUAAAACCUGUAACCUCCGCUGUACCCGCUACUGCCAAAAUACCUGCCGCAGGAGCUGGAGCUGGCGGUAAGACGACAGCGGCCAGUAAAGCGAAAAGAGGAGCUAAGAGGCUGUAG